AUGGACGAUGAACAGUCUCAUCUUCUUUCAACAACAAUGAAUCUACCAUCAAAUGAAGCACGAGAACGAUUGCAUAGUAUCAUGACAAGUGACAUGGCUGAAGCUAUUGAACAAAUUAAUCUCACAUUGGAAGCAUGUAAUACGAAGAAAAUGCGUCUACUUAACCGACUUGAUGAUGUUGCUAUAGCACUCGAUGCUGUUCGAACUGAAUGCAGUUGUAUCGAUACAACAAUCGUAAGUAAAAUUUUACAUUUAAAUAAAUUAGCUACACAAAUUGUUCAACAAAUGGCGCUAGUGAGCAUUCCUGAUCCGCCACUACCACCUGAGCCGAUUACCCUGCCUCCGGUUGAAAUUGAUCUGUCAAGUGUUCGUCAACAAUUGAGCGGUCUUGAUCAUAAGGUUAAAGGUCUAGACCAACUUUUACGAGAAAAAGAAGAAACCGUUCUGUACGUUAUCAAUAAACGGCCAGGCAAUGGAGAUAUUACAACAGCUGCUCAUUCUCCUGUACGCUUGAGAGGCAAAAAACACGACUAUGUUGAUCAUCAAAUGUCGAAACUACAGACGUUAGUACGAAAUAUACGAGUUGAGGAGCAUAGUCACCAUUACAGAAGUCAUCUUCGUCAGCCACCAUCAAGACGAGUCACUCAUGAACUAUCUCCGCUUGAUGAUGAAGAAGAUAGCAGUCAGACAAAUGGUCAAGUCAAUGGUCAUCGUACACAAGAUGAUGAAGAAGAUGAAAUAUCUCAUGACUCCGAUCAAACAACCGUAGGGCCAUAUACGCUAUAUCUGCAAGAAAAAACCGAAGAUCUAAGUACAAAACAAGCCAAUGUUCGCCAUUCGAUGACAAACAGUAACUACACAGACCGAUCUCAUAGUUUCACAGCAGCAUCAGCCGACAGUGAUACAAAUUAUAGACAUCGAUUAGGUGAAGCGUUAGCUUCGAAUGGAACUGAUAUUAUUUACUAUGAUUACGAACACAAACUGAUUUGUGUAACUGGAACAGACGAAUAUACAAUAGAAUUUCGUCAUGGUUUCGUUGUUGAUUUAUAUUGGUGGGAAAUGAAUAAAGAAUGGUUAAUUCUAAGUGAACAGGGUUUAUAUCGGUGGAAGGCGGGUGAUUCCGAAUAUCACGAAGGUUACGAAUUUUCCAAUGGUGAAAUUGGUUUUCGACGUAUAGCGGUAUCAGGUACAAGCAUAUUUUGUUUAUUUCGAUACAGUCUGAUGAUACUCGAACUAACAAAUUCUAUGCAAAUGAAACGUCUUCAUGCACUUGCACCACCAAAUGGACAAUAUCGACAAUUGGCAGAUAUAUCUGUUCGCAACGUGUCACAGCCCGAUGGAAGCGAAGAAGAAAUCUUAGGUUUAAUUUGGUUCGGUAGUCAGUCAGGUAUUCUUCUCGAAGAACGACUUGUUACAUCUCAUGCAAACAAUGUACGUGAACGAAUAUUUCGUCAUGUUAAUGUACGCAAAGGGCGAUAUGCACGUUUGGCUCCGUACGAUAAUGGUCGAGCCUGGCUAAUUAGUAACACAGGAGCUGAUGUUUUCUGGAUUGUUCAUUAUACUAAUCCAGUUGAUGGUCAAUUUGAAGUUAUGGCAACAUGGGUGAAAGUGAACAGCGGUAUCCCAAUUAAUGCUGUGAGUUCAAAGGAUUCAGCUAUAUGUAUUCGUCUUCGAAACGGCAAAUUAGAAUUUCUCGCCUCGGAACAAUAA